AUGGGCCUCGAGUUCGAUCCCGACCUGGUCCCCAGGAUCAAGUUGGGCCUGCACUGUGCCCAGAUUGUCCUCGCCCUCGUCGCCUGGUGCAUGGCUAUUGCCGUCUUUUCCGGCAAGGACGCCAAAAUCGUGGGCAACAAUGGCUGGGCUUUUGGUGUCUUCUUCUUAACCAUCCCCGCCUGGACGUACCUCAUCAUGACGCCUCGGUUCGCGCGCACGAGGCGGUUUGCCGAGCCGCACGCCAUGCUGGCUGUGGAUGUCGUCUUCACCGUCAUAUGGCUGUCGGCCUUUGCCGCGCAGGCAGCCUACAACACGUCCGGGCUUUGCGGCCAGGUCUGCGGCGUCAGCAAAGGCGUCGUUGCGCUCGGCAUCUUCGUCUGCCUUUUCUUCGGUGCCACCACGUUCGUCAGCGCCUAUACGCUUACGUACUGGAAAUUCCACGGCAGCUUGCCGGGAUACGAUAAUCGCAAGCUUCGCGGCGGCGACAGCAACAUUGACCCCGACAAAGCCGCCUUCUCCAUGGCCCCCCACGGCGAGGAAGCCUACCAACGUGUCGACGCCAACGACCAAGACGGCAGUGGCAGCGGCAGUGCCUACGCCGACGCCGGCCGCUACGGCCACGCCAAGCCAUACAGCCACGGAGGAGAGGAGGAAGACGACGACCCGGACCGCUACGGCGCCCUGCCCCCUCGCAGGACAGAGCUCUUCAGCCAAGACACAGAGUACAGCUCUGGUGGUGCCGGGCUGCCGCCUGCCUCUCACACGUACGGCGCCCUGCGAGACGACUACGACCAAGAACCUGCAAAGUUCCCCGCCGCAAACUACGACCGCGUGGUCAGAUGA